GCCACCUACCCUUCCCACUCUCCACACACAACUGUGCCAGCAUUCAUUGGAGACAGAGACGUAUGCUCCUACUCUCACACUAUUACUACUACUUCGAAUGGAUCAACUCAUGAAACCCUAGAAAGCAAGCAAAAGGAAGCAAAAAGCAUUGUCAUUAUUAUCACCUAAGAAAAAACAAGAGCAUGAAGGGUGAGCAGAAAAAAUGGAGAGUAGUGGUAGCAGGGUUGCUGUUGGUGUUUGUGUUGGGUGUGGGGGCAUCGGAGGAAGGAGAUUUGGUAGCUCAGUGCAACCUGCUGGUGCAGAAAGUGCUUCCGUGUCUGAGCUUUGCGACGGGGCAGGCGGCGGUUCCGACGAAGGAGUGCUGCUCGGCGACGUUGGAGAUAAAGAAGAGCGACCCGAAGUGCCUGUGCUUUGCGAUCCAGCAGACGCAUAAGGGGAUCCCUGAGGCGAAGAGCAUGGGCAUUCAAGAGGGUAGGCUCCUUCAGCUCCCUUCUGCCUGUAACUUGAAGAACGCCAGCACCACCGAUUGUCCUAAGCUUCUGGGUCUAUCUCCAAACUCCCCUGACGCUGCCAUCUUCAGGAAUGGUUCGUUGAGAGUUAAUUCGACUUCAACGUUGGGAACUGCAAGACCACUCUCAGACACCCACAAGGCCUCGUUUGGAAGCAUGCUUCCACCUCCUCUCACGCCACCACACCUAGCUGCACUGCUUUGCGCCAUUCUCCUCCUUCUCACAACGUUAGUUUAAUGCUCACGCAACACCACAUCAGCACCUUAAAGGUGGUAGCUCCUUUGCUAUUACUCAAAGUAACUGCUAGUGAUGGAUCAAUUUAAUUAUUUGCAGGUUGCACCAUGCUCUGUACAAUUACUUUAUUUGCAUCUGUAUCAUUUUAUGUUUUCUGUCUUCUCUA